AUCUGUCAUAUGUCAUAUCGUUGAAGCUGAUUCGUAAGCAGAAGUAGAAUUUCCAGGAUGGGUCUUACAAUUUCCAGCCUUCUGACCAGGCUUUUCGGCAAAAAACAGAUGAGAAUAUUAAUGGUUGGUUUGGAUGCGGCUGGUAAAACAACAAUCCUCUAUAAGCUGAAGCUUGGCGAAGUUGUGACGACCAUUCCUACCAUCGGUUUCAACGUGGAGACGGUGGAGUACAAGAACAUUUGCUUCACUGUCUGGGACGUGGGUGGCCAGGAUAAAAUCCGUCCAUUAUGGCGUCAUUACUUUCAAAACACACAGGGACUGAUUUUUGUGGUUGAUUCCAACGAUCGCGAGCGAAUCGUAGAAGCAGAGAAAGAGUUGCAAAGUAUGUUGCAGGAAGAUGAGCUGCGGGAUGCUGUUCUGCUUGUGUUCGCCAACAAACAGGACCUCCCGAAUGCUAUGACCGCUGCGGAAUUGACCGAUAAGUUGCACCUGAACCAGCUGAGAAACCGACAGUGGUACAUUCAGGCCACGUGCGCGACUCAGGGGCAUGGACUGUACGAAGGCCUAGACUGGCUAUCCAAUGAACUAGCCAAGAAAUGAUGGGCUGCAAGCUAAUGCAACAACUAUCCAAACGACAGUGAACAACAAUGCUGGUGGGUUAGUUGAAUCAUAAGCAGCUGUAUUAGUUGUUCGUUAUCCUUUCACAUUCAAGAACACACACACACAUUUUAUAUCCUAUGUCUAAUGAAUGAAUGGUAUAAAUAAAAUAAACUACAUUCUCCGUAUCUGGGCUGAACAAUUCUUGUGCAAAAAAAAGUAAUAAAUAUGAUCGAAGUGCAAAUUGCUUGUCAUUUUGCUGAAAAUCCAACAGAAAAAAAGUUUAUUAUAUGUUCAUUUUCGUCGGCAGAAAUAUACUAGUAGUAAUACAAUUGGGAUGUAUAAGAAGAUAGUAAAACAGGCAAUUCGUACCGAUACUGAUUUGUAAAUUUAAGGAAGUAUUUUACUGUAUAAAUAAAUUAAUAAA